AUUCUCUCUCUCUCUCUCUCUCUCUCUCUGUCUGUCUGUUACUUUAACCAGUUUUAACCUAAUAUUCAAUUUUUGACGUUUCAUUAAAUCGCCGUUAUUAACCCCUAUGACCAAAACAAUGGCGGGUUCUGCACUGAGACGAUUGAUGGCAGAGUACAAACAGUUAACCUUAAAUCCACCUGAAGGUAUUAUCGCUGGUCCAAUAAAUGAAGAAAAUUUUUUCGAAUGGGAAGCCUUAAUCACUGGACCAGAAGGAACAUGCUUCGAAGGUGGUGUUUUUCCUGCAAAACUUAUAUUUCCACCAGAUUACCCACUAAGUCCGCCAAAGAUGCAAUUCACUUGUGAAAUGUUCCAUCCAAAUAUUUAUGUAGAUGGUAGAGUAUGUAUAAGUAUAUUACAUGCACCCGGUGACGAUCCUAUGGGCUAUGAAAGCAGUGCAGAAAGGUGGAGUCCGGUUCAAAGUGUAGAAAAGAUAUUGUUAAGUGUGGUAAGUAUGUUAGCAGAGCCAAAUGAUGAAAGUGGAGCAAAUGUUGAUGCAGCUAAAAUGUGGAGAGAAGAUCGCGCAGAAUUUGAAAAAAUCGCCCAAAAGCUAGUUAGAAAAACACUUGGUAUUCCACCUUAAAUUAAGAUGUUUAAUACUUUAUUGAAAACAAAAUUGUAAUUAAAAUAUCAUACGAUUCAGUGUAAAAUACAUAUUAUGUUUGAAUUAAAAUUUUAUUGGAAUGUGAUAUGUACUUACAAACAUGUUUUACGGUCAUGUGUAAUAGUGAUAAAAGUAUUGAAUUAAAAACGAAUUAACAACUCAGGAUAUUAGUCUUAAAAAAUGUAUUUUAUUUUCAACAUUGCCGUACAAACAUGGGUAAUCAAAUACAUAUGCAUUUGUUUACACUUAGAGUACCUUUGACUGAAUUAGUUAAUGAAGUAAUGAACAAAAUUUUUUCUUGUGCUCAAAGAUAUGGGAAAUCUGAGUUGUGCAAAUGAAUUACAAAUUACGUAUAAUUAAACUAUGUAAAUAAUGAAUGUAUUACAAUUACGAACAUAGUACUAAGUAUUCACUAGUAAACAA